GGUUCGGGUUCCACAAAACCAACCACCCCUCCUCCCUUUGGUUUGCAUUUUGAAGCUCGAGAUGAUAAUUUGAUUGGUUUUCGAUUACAUUUUUAAUGGAUUCCAUCUUGAUAUGCAUCUUCAACAAACACAAUCCUAAUAUUGUAAUGUGUUCAUCUUCACUUCAUUUUUGUAUUUUCCAGUUUCCGCGCUAGACCCUCCCAAGGACAAAAUGAAAACCUCGAAGAAGCACGCGCGCAGGCACGCAAAAAAAAAAAACAGAGACAGCAGCAGCAGCGGCAGCGGCAGGACACCGACCCCUUCCAUUGUGAAAAAUAAUCAAAUAUAUAGGUAGUAAUGGCAGCAAUCGGAUGGUAUGGACCCCUAAUCGAUCUUUCCUCCGCCGCUUCUCACAUCGGCGACUAUGUUCAGCUCCUCGACUUUGUUCACCGAUCAACCCCCGUUCAGUAUAAGCUUUCGAAAGGGGGAGCAUCAAUCAGGACUGAUAUUCAGGUUUGUGAUGAUACAAGGCCAUUUUUCUCCAUAUCCUUGUGGCAAAAGCAAAUGGGAUCAAUGGUGUUUGCUGGUGAUGUCAUUUUGCUACAAAAUGCCAGGAUUACUAAAUUUCAUGAUGUUGUUGAAGCCAGAACAGUCCAUUGCUCAUCUUUAUUGUGCUUGGUCCACCCUUAUGAAUCACUUAUGACAAAGGGUGUGGAUGACUUACUAAAGGAUUGCCGAGUUGGUGCAACAACUAGGGAAAAGCUUAAGAAGGUGAUAGAGUGGGCGCAGCGAGCUGGAUCUAUUCCUAACACUGUCGAAUUGGAUAGCUAUCAAAAGAGACAAUGGAAAAGGAACUGGAAAGACCAUGAAGAAAGGAAGUCUCAGGACUGUUUCUCACUUUCUGGACUAUCAAAUCUAACUAAUUCCUGUAAAGCAACCUUUUAUGGAUCCAUUGGUGAAAUUUUUCUGCCAAUUACUUGGAGAAUUCUUGCUGAAUAUGAGGAGGAAAAGAUGUUCAUCAGCAGAAGAUUAUAUGAAAUAGGAGAUGAUAGUUUAGCAGAAGAUAUUAUUUGUACUGGUUGUCAGCUCUGUGGCUCCCCAUUGGAUUUGGACUCCGGAUCUACUUCUAAGCCAAACAGUGUUCCAUUCUAUUGCCAUAGCUCUUCCAAUCGCCUUCACAAAAUAAGCUUGAUAUAUAGACCCUUUAUGUUAUAUGUAUGGGAUGAAAUGGGUUACAUUCCACUCCUUGUCAGAAAUAAGGCUGCAGAAGUCUUGUUUGCUACCAUUGGGGCGGAGAAAGUGCGCUCAUGUUAUUUGAGGCCAAAGCUCUGUUGUCCAAAAGAUGUUCACACGAAUAAACAUUCUCAUGCAAGAACCAUUACUCUAACCAAAGCUGCCACAGAUGCAGGUCCUUGCUCAACAAAUGAAGCCAAGAGCCAGUGUCGCGAGGACCUGAAUUUUUAUCUGAUUUGGUUAAGUGUGCUCAGAAUAUUGCUACAAGGGAAAAAUAGUCCUUUGAAAUUUGAAGUUAAUGUUAAUGCUGAUUUAGAUAGAGAAAAUGGGAGGUUUGAAAUGGUGUCGGUGUCAAUGCCUUGCUUCAAAAUCAUUUGAUUCCCUAUCAUUUGGCAAUAAAUGCCAGAGGUGUUGCAUGCUUUGAUUUAGCAAAAAAUUUUGCACUCCCUGUUCCAUAUUCUCCCUACACCUUUCAUAGGCCAAAUUUUGGCCUUCAAUUUUGGCGAGUUCAAAAUUUU